CCGAUUCACAGUCAUCUUCUGGUUUCCUCCGAGCCAGACGGUUCGGAGGGAGGGCCGAGCGAACUCCAGGCUUCUAGGGUUCUCCUUCCCGAUCUCGGCUCUUCGAGGUUUCGCUGUUCCUUGAUUCAUCAAAGCUGUGCUUGUUCUCAUCCGGAAAUAAAUAUGUUCAAGAACACAUUUCAGUCAGGGUUCUUAUCCAUUCUCUACAGUCUUGGGAGCAAGCCUUUGCAGAUAUGGGACAAAGAAAUUGCCAAUGGGCAAAUCAAAAGACCACAGGAUGAUGACAUCCAAUCCAAUGUUCUUGAAAUAGUUGGAUCAAAUGUGCAAUCAACAUACAUUACCUGUCCUGCUGACCCUGCUGCAACACUUGGGAUAAAGCUUCCAUUUUUGGUCAUGAUUGUAAAGAACCUUAAGAAAUACUUCACGUUUGAGAUCCAAGUGUUGGAUGAUAAGAAUGUUCGCCGUCGUUUCAGAGCUUCAAAUUUUCAAUCUGUUACACGGGUCAAGCCAUUCAUCUGCACCAUGCCUCUGAAGCUAGAAGAUGGAUGGAACAAUAUUCAAUGGAACCUUGCUGAUUUUACAAGAAGAGCAUAUGGUACCAACUAUGUUGAGACACUCCGUGUGCAGGUCCAUGCAAACUGCCGCCUGAGAAGAAUUUACUUCUCUGAUCGUCUUUACUCAGAGGAAGAGCUCCCACCAGAGUUCAAACUUUACCUCCCAAUGCAAAUGCCAAUGCAGAAGGUGUAGCACCAGGAGGACAGCCAGGAAAGUCUGGGAGUUUAGCAUUUCUCUAGAAUGGAUCUGUCAGAAACUUGCAAUGAGUAGGAAUUCAAGCUUCUUGUUUUGUCCAAUUGUGACUGAUAUAUGCAUAUCAGUGCCAUCUCUGAACUGGUCUAUGUUAUCAAAUUGGUUAGUUAAAACUUUUUGACUGACUAAAUUGGAUUUCUUCAGCUGCAUGUGAACAAAACCAGUAAUUAUCGUAAUACCCACAUACUGUAUUUCUAAUAUAAAUAUGGCCUAUUCUUCAU